UGGAUGAAUUUAUCAUGUAUCAGUCGUGUCAUCAUGGAUCCAUAAGGAUAUAAAUCUUAAUUUGAAGGAAUUUUCCACACACACAAAAUGCCAAGGCAAUUAAGUUUUAUAUCGGAACGGUUUUACUACACAAGCUAAUUCGCUAAUGGACUACUAGGAAAGCUUUCGUAGAAAAUAAUUGAUACAUUGAUAUAUAUUAAAUAGUUUGUUUUCCACCCAAAAGCCAUUAAAAUGCUGAGCAUCUAUCUAGACUCAGUGCUUGUGUUUAGUUCAUGGUAUUCUAAUGUUUUUCACUAUCAUUUCUGAUCAACCUUUGUUAAUCAAGAAUUAGAGUAUUUGACGAUUAUCGCCUAAGACUCUUUUAAAGCUCUAGCGUCCCUGUAAUUAGGUUGAAUGGAUAGUUCUCUUUUGAUUAGAAUCUGAUGUUACAGUUCAAAUCUGGUAUAUUAUCGAGUAUACAAUCCGAAAAUACCAUUCAUAUUUUGAGCUAUCUCUUCCAUUUUUGGUUGAUUUGACGAUCUCUAGGCUCAAUCAUAUCGCUUAGCACGGGAUCACAAGGUCAAGACAUCAACUGGUUGUUUGAUUGACGUAUAAGUAUCCCUCGGGUGAUAACGAGGCCGCGUCGUUUUGUGCUGCAAGUGUUUUUAUGAGGCCGAAGGACAAGGCCUUUCGCGCGGUUGAAUUUGUAAAUUACUGUUAAAAUGAUAGCUACUUUAUGUGACUGCUGGUUAGUGCUACUUCUUCUUAAAGUUGGUAUUGUGUACAUGAAGAAUCACGUCAUCAUUAAGGUGGACUAAGCAUCUGUGGAUAGAAAGGACCUUUAUACGUGCUGAAGAAUUGGAGUUCAUUUCGAUGAUAGAAGAGCAUAUUGAUUGGAAUUUUUUUAAAUUUAAUUAUUUGAUUACACCAAGUGUGCUGUUUGGUUUUACUUAAGUUUGAAAACUAUUCAGUGACUCGGCAACUAUUUCACAACCACACUUGUAAGACAGUAUUCCAAUAUUGUUGUCGUAAUUUCGAAUCGCGAAGAAAGUUGCUCAUCUGACUGGCGUGCGCUUCACUAUGGUAAGCAAAACCAUUUUAUUGGGCAUCAUCUUUCAGACAUUUAUCAUUAGAACUGCUGCUGAAGCCGAUGAUAGCCUUUACAGCAGAAGCAUUGCGAAUUUUAUGAAAAUUCAAAAUGAGCUGAGAGCAAUGCACCAGAAAGACCUGGAUCGUUCAUCGGAUAACGCAGGACAAGAUCGUUUACCAGAAAAUCAAGGAUCAGACAGUCUAGCACGCCGUGCUGACGUCUUAAACCCCCUGCAUGAAGGUUGGAGUGGUCAUUUACUACAUCACGUAAAGACGCAGCAGAUCCCUGACUUCGGACAUCAUGAAAUUCAUACAAUGGAUGAACAUGGCGAGAAAUUCCAUUUGGAUAGCUCUCCCCGUCAUCAUGUACACCAUGGUCAUCACCAUAUGCCUCAUUAUCAUCACGAGGUUCAUACUUUCCAUCACGAUGGUGAACACCCUCACACCAACCAUGAGCAUUUCGUACACCAUGAGCCUAUCUACCACCACAUUCCCGUGACGCAUCACGGUGGUCAUCACGUGGAUCACCAUGACGAAGACGAGGAGAGCGGUGACCACGAAGAGCAUCACGAUGAAGGAAACAUGCAUGGAGACACCGAGGACUGGGAUGUUGGUGGAGGGUAUUUCCAGCUUGAAGAGCACGGAAGUGAUGUAAACGUAGUGGCCUUGAAAAAACAUGGCACAAAAGUGCAUAUGGGUGGCGGCGAUUUCAACGUCAUCAGAGAUCCGUGGAGACACCACUCGCUGUUUGCCGGACUAUUUCACCCACACGAAAUGCCGGGACACGGACAUCUUCCAAUGGAACAGUUUCACCAACAUUUUACCUACAUUGCUAAUGAUCGAGCCAUCAAUCAUCACGUGUACGAGCAUCACACGCAUAACGAAGAUAAUCAUAUCCAUGAGCGUGAUCCAGGACACGAACACGACUAUUUCUAUAAUCAUCACCCUGAGCCUAACAAUCACGGAGACAAACGGGUUUUCAACAUGAACCCAUCGGUCAAUGUAACCGCAAAGGCCCAAGUGAAGCAGAAAAUUACAGGGUCAAAAGCCAACGAGGAGGAGUUGAUCUCGAUUCCACUCAGUUUCGCUCGCAAUAGCGAUAAUGCCCCAAAUGUGCAAGACAGCCCUUAUAUAGUUCCAGAAGAGGCAGAAAAUGUCAAAAAAUACCUUUCGUACCCUGUCAGGGACUCGAACUGGUUGCCUGGAGCCGUAGAAUCUCGAAGCAGAGAGUGGAAGGUUGUAAAAGAAAAGAAGGAGCUACCAAAGGGGAAAUCUCCCCGUCUUUCACCAUUUAAUGGCAACCAUUUUGGCCCAAGUUCGCUUGGAAACCGGUUCGAAGCUCCCUUUGCGCCAAUUUUCAAACGACAGUUAUCUUCAGAAUAUUUGCCUCGGGAAGACAGAGGCAUUUCAAUAAAAAGUUCGAUAAGAAGACCUUUGUCGAAAAUACCAUCUAUUAGGGUAGCAAGACUAAAACGAGCAUUUCUUGGGAAACUGCUCUCAAAUAAGAGUUGA